AUGUGCCAAGGACAUCACCACCUCUUCCCCGGCAAGAAGGAGGACGAGCCACCCGUCGAGGCCCCCGCCCACGGCAGUGGCCCUGACGGCGCUCAUGCUGAGACCACCAAGCCCACAUUCGAUUUCUUGAAGGACCUCUUGCAUCGCGCUGAGCUCCAAUCUGCGGCCAUUGAUGCUAAGCUCCAUGAUGUGGCCAUUCGCGCUAUUCCCAUGCGUGAGAAGCCCGAGGCCAAUAAGGACCUGGAGGAUGCCCACAGGCACAAGAUAGAAGAGGAAUCAGCCACCUCAACUGCUGCUGCUGCGAAGCCUGAGGCCGAUAACAAGAAGGAGGAGAAGCACUGCAAGCACACCAACGUUCAUGUCGGGGCGGUGGCACUGCCACCAACAGAUUUGGAUCAAUAUCACUAA